AUGCCAAAGGGGAAGGACGUGCUCACCCUCAUCAAAUACCUUGGGAACCUCUCUCUCUUGCUCCGAAGGGUUGCAAUUAGAGGCAGAAAGUCCCUAUACCAUACAUUCAACUCCUCGGACAAAGCCAUCGCCGCCAGUGGCGACCAACUGACCCAAAAUGGAAGUGAGGGUUUUGCCAUCUCUCCAACAUCUUGGUGGGUAAAGAGGGCUAUAGAAGUGUUUCGCAGCCUUAAAGACUUCUCUACCAUCAAACAUCUAAUUCAAGAGUAUUAUGCUAUCACACAAACUGUCGUCAUUGCAUCCCCGGUGGUACUCAGCGCCAUCACGGAGAUCGAGAUCGCCUUCCGUGAAAGUCUCUCCGAGACCGCGACCGACCAAGAGCUCACGGCGCUCAGUACAUGUAUCAUUCAGAACACGUCUAGUACGUUCAGGAUACCCCCAAAUAUCACUGGGGCUACUUUUCACAAGUGCUUCACGGGAUCAUCUCUCCGGAUGGAGAUUAUCGGAAUCAUCUGUGCUCUAGCCGGCCGGGCCAGCUACUUUGGACUAUCUGGUAGCAGAGUCUCCAAUGCCGAGUCUCUAUCUCAAUUAUCUCGGAAAAUGCUUGCUGCUUGCGAUAUUACUCUGCAUAUAUGCAAGGACUUGACAACUCUGAAUGAACUUACCCUAUGGCUGGUCCAUGAGAAUCUCAUCUUGUCAAGUUUAGUGUUGGGAGAUUCGAGUUCUGUCACCUGGCAGCGCCUGGGGGAGCUCUCGACGAAUAUCUUUGAGCUAGGAGUUCAUAGAGACAACGCUAGCUCGACUCCACUACCACGGUUUAUUAUAGAAUCUCGACGGAGACUGUUCGCGGCUGCCUAUCAAAUCGACAAAAACAUUGCAACCUUUCUCGGACGGCCACCACGAAUCUCUUGGCGUCACUCGGAUUGCUGUCUUCCUCUAGAUAUAGGAGAUCAUGUUCUAGCAGGAGACCCCGAACUUCUGGAGACUGCUCAAACAUUUCUGGAUGCCGACGGGGAUGUAUCUCGUCGCUGCAGUCAGGCCUGGGUCUCGCUGCCGGCGCAUCUCCAUUACACGCCUGACUGCUGGGGAACUGACCUCCCUCCCAAUGUGAAAUUAACGCUACUCAUUUCCUACCUCGCUUACCUUUACAACGAGUUUUUGGUCCAAAGUCUUAUAGACAAGGACUCGGGGGACACAAAUACGGCGCAGCUGGACGUUAGCGCAACGAUCCUCUCCACCGUCUUGACCUUGGGCCGACAAUGGGAACAAUUAUUUGCCAUCCAGCGUGACUUUACAUGGAUUAUUCUUCUUUAUGGGCUGUCAGGUGCCAGCGUGCUAAUUCGAGCAUUGCAACAACAGGCCAAGACAGGUCAACCGAUGCUGUAUUCAGGGUCUCGGUCCUCUCUCAUCCGCAACCUGAGUGUGUUCAUCUCGCACCUGGAGUCUACGACCCGUCCAGGCCAGGCCAGCUUCUCCUUCUUCAAGCGAGCUGCAUCUGUUUUCUCUCGUAUCAUCGAUGAGAUUUUGGAGCCACAAUCUGAGGUAUCCAUGUCUUGUGGUGAUAUAGAUAACACUUUGGAGAUCGACCUCGAUACCCCCUUUUUUGUCGACCUAGAAGGCAUGGAACUUCUUGAUAACCCAGAUUUCAGGGCGUCUUUUGAUCAAAUGCUGUGUUGA